AUGGUCUUCUCGUGGGCCUACCCGGCGCAUGCGCAUCAAGGACAUUGGGGAUUGGUCGAUUCGCAGCACAACUUUUGCGAAGAAGACUACAUCCUCACGCCCUACAUCGCCGAACUCAUCAAUACGCUCACCAACCUCACCUAUCUUCUCUACGCCUACCACGGUAUCAAGAAUAACGCCAACCGGAAAGAUGCCGUGCUGAGGAAUCUGUCGUACUUGGGCAUUGCGGCCGUCGGACUGGGCUCGGCCGUGUUCCAUGCCACGAUGAAGAGCUGGACGCAGUGGUAUCGUGCGGGCGGCCAUCGACCCGGGUACAUCCAUGAUCCUCUGCACAGGAUCCAAGUAUUCAGCGAGCGAGGCGAGAUGGGCUAUGGAUCGUGGCCAGGAAGCAUGAAGACGAGCACAGGAAGAUUGAUCGGUGGGAGAACGGGAGUCCCGCUCGAGACCAAAGACCAGGGAUCCGAUGCCCGCGAUGACCUGUCGAUGCUCGUCGCAGUCGCAACCGUCCUCCACCGUGUCUGCACCUUCGACAAGUCCCUCUCGACGACGGUGAUCUCGGGGGUGGCCAUCACGGCUGGCAUGACGGCCUUCAGCGCUUGGCAUUGCAUUACCGAUGAGACUGUCAUGCAUUCUGUUCUGUUUGCUAUCAUGAUCGUCCUGGUAGGCCAGAAAACCCGGAUGGUCAUCACUCAAAGAGUCUCGGAUCCGGCCGUUGCGAAGGAGGUUAGGAAGUUGGCGCUAUGGGGCGGCAUCAUCUUCAUCUCCGGCUUCGGCAUCUGGAACAUCGACAACGCCAUCUGUUCGUCUCUCACGCGCUGGAAACGCGCCAUCGGCAUGCCUUGGUCGUUCGUGCUGGAGCUGCAUGGGUGGUGGCAUAUCUUUACCGGGGCUGGUGCCUACAUCUUCAUCGCCCUCGUCGAGUAUCUCACCUCAGAGAAAGCUGGCCAGGCCCUCGGCUCCCGCUUCGCCUGGCCCGUGAACCUGAUCGUCAACGGCCAAGCCGGCAGCAAAGCCUCCUCGCAGGAUGAUGGCGCCACGACGACCAGCAGCAGCACGAAGAAGAAGGCGCACGAGAAGAAUGGCGGCGCGCCUGCUACUACCGGUACGUCGGCUGAGGUCUCGACUACGGAUGUCAAGACGAAUGGGGGCGCUGGGAAGAUGAAGACGGCGGUGAAGACGAAUGGAGCUGCUAAAAAGGGCCUGUAA